AUGGUCUUUUCGAAGCUCUUCCCAAGCGGCGACAAGUCGGGUGGCGCCGAUUCCACCGUCCGCGUCGACCCCGAAGCCAGCGACUCGGAACCUUCCAUCAUCCACGAUGGCGACCUCGCCUACACCAGGGUGAAGGGUGGUAACGGCUCCAAGCCGUCUUAUCAGGAGGCCAUCGGCGCGCCUGUCGAGGCUGAUUCGCCGCUGGGGUACCACGUCAAUUGGGUCGCGAUCAUAUUCUUGAACGUUAACAUGAUGAUCGGAACUGGUGUAUUCUCUACCCCUGCGAGUAUUCUCAACAGAACCGGCUCCAUUGGUUUGGCUCUGAUCUACUGGGUCAUCGGCUUCCUCAUGGCUUCCGCCGGCUUCAGCGUCUACCUCGAGCUGGCCAGCUACUUCCCCAACCGAAGCGGCUCGGAAGUUGUCUACCUGGAGCAGGCAUACCCCCGGCCGAAGCACUUCUUCCCCGUGGCUUUCGCCGUUCAAUCGGUGAUCUUGUCGUUCAGCAGCAGUAACGCUGUUGUGUUGUCCAGAUACCUCUGGAGAAUGGCAGACAUCACGCCAUCGGAGUGGCAGAUGCGCGGCGUUGCGAUUGCCGCUUACACGCUCGCCGUCAUCUGUGUUCUCGCCCACAACCGAUACUCCCUCUGGCUCGUCAACUUCAUCGGCGUCCUGAAGCUUCUCACGCUACUCUUCAUCAGCAUCGCAGGCCUCGUCGUCCUUGGCGGGAACAUCAAGCACAUCCCCGACCCCAAGGCCAACUUCCGCAACGCUUUCGAGGGCACGACUAGCAACGGCAACGACUUGUCUAAUGCCCUCGUCAGCAUCAUCUUCUCGUACGCCGGCUACUACAACGCCUUCAACAUGACCAACGAGAUCAAGAACCCGAUCCCGACCCUCAAGAAGAACGGCAUCAUCUCGCUGAUGACCGUCGCCAUCCUCUACAUGCUCUGUAACAUUGCCUACUUCGCAGCCGUGCCCAAGGCCGAGUUCGCCGAGGCCAGCGAGAUUGCGGCCGCCGUCUUCUUCUCCAAGCUCUUUGGCGGGAGCAAGUCUGCCGCCAACGUCCUGAACUUCCUCGUGCUUCUGAGCGCGUUCGGAAACCUACUGGCUGUGCUGAUUGGGUCUUCGCGCAUGAUCCGCGAGAUUGGCCGACAAGGUGUGCUCCCGUUCACCAACUUCUGGGUCUCGACCAAGCCCUUCGGAACCCCCCUGGGCCCAUACAUGCUCAAGUGGAUCAUGACCUUCAUCAUGAUUGUCGCGCCCCCGCCGGCGACGCCUUCUCUUUCGGUAUGCUCAGCCCUUUGGAUAUCCCGGUCCAAAACACGUGCAACAGCUGCUAACACGCACACAGUCGUCGACUUGGCCAGCUACCCAAGCGCCAUGUUCAACUUCGCCAUGACACUAGGUGUCUUUGUCCUGCGCCGCCGCCGCCAACGCUCCGGCAUCAGCCGUUCCGAGUUUCGCGCCUGGGACUUCGUCGUUGUCUUUUUCCUCGCCAUCCAGGUCUUUGUCUUGGCGAUGCCCUGGUGGCCGCCAAAGGGCGGCCCGUACGCCGGCAGCGUUAGCUUCUGGUACGCGACCUACUGCGUCGUCGGCAUUGGAAUCAUCCUGCUUUGCAUUCUGUACUACGUCUUCUGGAUGUACCUGCUCCCUCGUUGGUUGGGCUACGAGAUCCGCACCGAAAUUGUCGACGUCGACUCCAAUGGCGCCAACACGCACCGUCUUGUCAGGAUACCCAAGGCCGAGGUUGCCCGAUGGGACGAGGAGCACGACGAGGCUGGCAAUCUCCGACGGAGACGCGUCACAACCGAGCUCGAGUCCAGCAACUCGAACGAAAAGGGGUUUUGA